AUGUUCGGCCCGUUCCGCAUGACCUCGCCGCUAUCGGGCGGUCUCCUCUGGAAGAUCCCCUGGCGUCUGUCCAAGUUCCAGAAGAGGCGGCAGCGCAUGAGGCUCCGAGCCGUGGACCAGGUGGUCGCGACGCUGGACGCGGCGCUGGCGAAGAAGGGGGAGACUCUGGAGGCUUUAGAGAGGUGGAAGGCUGAGAUGCCUACGGAAGCGGAGAUGUUGCCGAGGGAUAAGUAUACGAUGUUUGAUAGGAAGGUUAAAGGGUAUAGGAAGGGAAUUCACAAGCUACCGAAGUGGACGAGGGUUUCUCAGCGAGUCAACCCCCCCGGUUACUAA